UGGAAACGUUUUGUUUUUAUUGUUCAGUUCGUUUGGGUGUGAUAAUGUCGGCAAGUUUUUCUAUAUUUCAAGCGUUCGUUAAAAUUUUAAUACUUGCUAUUUACGGAACGUCACUUUUUACAUCAACAAAAAGUUUUAUUGAGAAAAACGAACAGCAAAAUCAGGAUGUUUUCAUUAUGAAAGUGGUUGACGAAAUUACGGGACAUCCCGAAACUUAUACAAUUGUUUUUAAUGUAUUUUUUGCAUUUGAUGUAGUUUCCGGUUCAUCGGCAAUAUAUGCAGCAUUAAAGCUCCAAAAGAUGUUCCUGAUUCCUUACAUAUUUUCACAAUUCAUAUUGUUCUUAACUUCACUUGGAGUUCAUGUCAUCGCAAUGAUUAUUUUGAAAAAAAUUGUUAAUCUUGGAAUUUUAAUUGGAAUGACCCUUACCGGAGGAUUUUAUAUCCUCUAUUUAGGCUAUAGUUGGGCUGGAGCAGUUGGUCUUUUUCAAAUUAUUAUUCUUGUGAAUUCACAAAAAUAUAAAGUUCUUUAUGGAGAGGAUCCAUUGGCACCGAGAGAAAAGAUAACUAUUUUACCCAAGGGACAUGAAUUAAGCGAAAAUAAUAAGACCAACUAUAAACACUUUCAUAACAAUCAACCUGGUGAUUUUAAACGAAAACGACUUAUUGACGACCAACCACAAUGGCAAUAUGGAGGAAAAGUCAUUUCUGUUAUACCGGUGGAUCAACAAGACACUGACGAUGUUGAGUUGAUUCAUUUUAAGAACUGGCAUUGGAAUGAACUGGUUGGCAUGAAAAAAAGUUUCAAAUAAAUAAAACUA